UUUCAGCGAUAAAAAGUUCCCUCAUCAUGUCCUCUUCAAAUAACGCUCAGGACUCAAAUUACUCAGAAACCGUUCGAAAAUUCCUGAUUUGUGGCGUUCUUCGAAAAACUUUUGCCGACACUUCUGAAACCAAAAAAGUUUUUACCAUCAACGAAUGGUACAAAAAAUGCAACAAAUUGGAACGAAAGCUCGAUAAUGAAGUUUUUUCUCGAAAUCCGUUGAGUUACAAAAAGUACAUCGUCAAAAAAGCUGCUCUUUUCAUGCUGCAAGGCGAUCAUUUCCGCAACGGAAGCUUCCAACCCGGUUUCGCUAAAGCUGCUUUCGUGACUCUCGAGGAAAAUCGCUUGAAUCGCGACGUAAUUUGCGUUUAUUCGUUAUCUCUGCACAUUGUGGCUUGCAGUUAUUUCUCGCGACAGGAUUUUAUUCAAGCAAUCAACUUCAACAACAUGUCCGAAGCAGCAAUUGUCGAGUUCAAGGCCAUCAGCAAUCAGGAAAUCGCCCAAGAACUUGAAAUUAUCGAAGAUUUGGUCGUCAAACAGCUUUUCGACUGCUUCGGGGCGUUUGGAAACACAAAAAUGCGCGUCGAAUAUGCGGUUUUGUUGAUCGAUCGGAGCAUCCAGCGACAAAUUGGUAACAAAAUCUCAUGUCACGUACUUUUGUCAAUUCAAGAUUACGUCAAAGCCAUCAUCGAGUGUCACUUUUACGCCCAACUGAACUAUUUGAUGCGAAUUUUCAUGCGGGAACUCAAAAAGGAAUCGUCUCCCGAUGGAAUUAGUCCCGUCGAUCGUGGAAAUUUCCUCGAUAUGCAAACUUGUAAGGACUUGAUGGCGUCGUUUUACGUUCAAUGGGCGAUUUCUGUGUUGCGAUAUUCGAUAAAUGUCAAGAGAGAUCCGGGUUUUAGGCAGAAAAAUCCAAUUUCAGGCGAAGUUGUGACCUUGAUGAGUGUCGAAAAUGAUGAAAUCGAUGAGGAAUUCGAUAAAGAAUUUCCAAUUGAAGUUAUUGAGAGUUACGAAGACUUUCAAAAGUGCCUCAAUACCGCACGGAAUUGGGUUCAACUCGUGAAAAAGCAUUUUCAAGGUUAUGUCACGGGAAAAUAUGGGCAGUACAUGAACGAAUUGGCACAAUUGGAGAGAGAAAUUCAGGAAAUUUUCUCAUAUUGAUCGAAAUUUUUGUCUUUUUUGUUAUUUUUGAAUGAGAAAAAAUUAUAAUUUUGUAUUCAGGUAAAUAAAGUUCUUA